AGAGGCUCAAGGCGCUCUGUGAGCAAAUCGUUUCUUAGGACUCGGGAGUUGGGUCUUUGCUCAGCAAAGAUCGCCGAUGCUUUUGAAUUCUACUCUUCGUUUGGGCUACCUUGAGGGCAGCAAGCUGAAUGAUGAUCCCAAGCUCCAAUCCACGUUGAAGUUGGAAGAAAGAAGGCCGAGCACACGGGGUAGCACCAGCAACAAGAGUCCAGCGCAAACAAGGCGUAGAAACUCAAAGGAACGAUCUUUGUCUCAGGAUCCUUCACGACGGAGGCUUGAGGAUCGAGAUCGCCCUUCCCUCUCCAGGGAAGGCUCGAAGUCCAAAGAAAACUGGCAAUCGCUAGAGUGGACUCAUGUGCCACAGAAGGAGGUCCAGAGAGAUGGUCCUGUAGUGUAUUCAGUCAGCACUCCGGCUGCCACUGGCCCCAGAAUCCAUCAACCUCAUUUGGUUCGCACGACACGGAUUGAACCAAACGCAGCGUAUUCCAAGAAGCGCCCACCAAUCCCUCCAAAAAAGGAGCAGAGAGAGCAGAUCACGGUGACCGAAAAGGAUUUGCUUAGAUGUGGCAGUGACCUCAAGAAACUACGAGAAUGCCAAAUCAUCCAACAGGAGAUGCCUGAACGAACCUUGCCAGCACCUUUGCCACCUCCACCUCCCUUGGACCUCUCCUUCAAGAGCAAGUUUGCACAAGACUGCCGUGAAGGUGCAGACACCCGCGACCCUUGGAAGGACUUGAAACAUCCAGAUGAGGAUCGCGUGCUGACAGUGGAAGAUUUAGUGCUCAACCAGGUCUAUAUCAAGGCUUUGCUGCCUCGGAAAGUUGAAGUCGAUGACUCAAGCUCACCUGAGCAUGGACGUGGACGCAAGACAACGAAGCUGCGCAGAAGCUGGAGUGCUUCAACGCGUGCAAGUUCUGCUGACCUGGCACGGCGGACCUAUGCAGAUGGAGAAGGGCAGAGAAAAUGGUACACGAAGCGAGCGUCCAGCCUUGGACGUGCUGAAUCCUUUGAAGAUGAAGUCACAAGGACGUCCAGCGCCAUUCAGCCAAUCUCGACUGACACACCUCGCUCUGGCAGAGAAGAUGAGACCCCUGAAGCGAAGCGAGCUGCAAGGGCAUUCCUCAAAGGUGCCCACAAGCGAGGAGAAAUUCGAUCAGUGUGGAUGUCGAUCGAUCAAGCUACUGGCGAAGUGCAGCUGUACCAGAGGGAAGCUGGUUCUCGAUUAGAAGCGGCCUUCCGAUCUGGGCGAAGCAGCGUGCCACUGGCUGGUCUCCAACCGGAGCUUGAUGGGGCCAUCGUCACGUUCGAUAGAACGUCAGAGAUGUUCGCAAGGGUCCGGCGUGUCAAUGGUGCUCAAUCCGAAGUCAAGCGCUUUGAGGUAACUGCAUACAGCUAUGAGAUGUCCAUCGAAGUUGUAGGCCCACCACAGGGAGAGAAACAUUGGCGAUUUGCUCGCGGUGGUGAUUUGACAGAAGAGAGGCUGGUGCCGCUCUUUGGAACAGAGCUGGUGUCUCCUCCUUCUCCGACUUUGCCACCAGUCAGCCGCACCCGACCAACCUAUUUCAUCAAUGAAGGUGCUCAUUGGGGCUACAGUUAGGAGCAGUGCUUCUCCACUUAUGGCAAGUCGAUGUAAGAUGUUUCUACUUCGCUGGUUUCACCCAAACCCUGCCAAAGGCUCAGAGUACUGUAUGCGGAUCGCAUUUCAGUGAGACUUACACUGGA